AUGGCUGCGACAAGAAAGUUGCAAGGUGAAAUAGAUCGGUGCCUUAAAAAAGUAACGGAAGGUGUGGAAACCUUUGAAGAUAUUUGGCAAAAAGUUCAUAAUGCCACGAACAGCAAUCAGAAAGAAAAGUACGAGGCUGAUCUCAAAAAGGAAAUCAAGAAACUUCAAAGGUUACGCGAUCAAAUUAAGAGCUGGAUCGCGUCGGGUGAAAUAAAGGAUAAGAGUACGCUUCUGGACUAUCGGAAGUUGAUUGAGACUCAAAUGGAAAGAUUUAAAGUUGUAGAAAGAGAGACAAAAACAAAAGCUUAUUCUAAAGAAGGUUUAGGCGCUGCUCAGAAAUUAGACCCAGCUCAGAAGGAGAAAGAUGAGGUUACUAAUUGGCUUGCCAAUUCCAUAGACGCUCUCAAUCUGCAGAUGGAUACAUUUGAAUCGGAAAUAGAAUCGUUACAAGCGGGAAAGAAGAAAAGGAUAGACAAAGAUAAACAAGAUAGGGUGGAUGAAUUGAAGGCAAAGCUCGACAAACACCGCUACCAUAUCCGUAAAUUGGAGACAUUAUUACGUAUGCUUGAUAAUAUGUCUGUCGAAGUCAAUACAAUAAAGAGGAUAAAGGACGAUGUUGAGUAUUAUAUCGAAUCUUCGCAAGAUCCCGAUUUUGAGGAAAACGAAUAUAUUUACGAUGAUAUUAUCGGCCUUGAUGAAGUUGAGUUGUCAGGAGUUGGCAUCCCCUCGUCAGCAACAACAGAUAGUAACAACAGCAAUGAAACCGGAGGAACGCCAACCUCAACUAAUUCCUGUACUUCGCCUAUACCAUCGCCGUCGUUGAGCUCCACUAUGCAUAACCAUUCGAGCGAUAGUUCUACAGAUAAUGACAAGAAAACCAAGCCUGUGAAACCAACAGCAGUCAGGCCGCUACUGAAUACGCAAGCGAGCAUUCCAACCACGGGAAGCACUGCCACCAUAAAAUCGAACAUGUUAUCGAGCAGCACUCCAAGCAAAACCAUUCCCAUGACACCUAGCCAUAGCUCGCCUAGUUCUACGAGCAAUCACAUUGCCACGACUAAUGCCGGCAAUUUCGCCACCGUAGCUGCCUCGCACAGCAAUUCGCAAGCCAUCCAUUCUACCUCCAAUAAAACAUCUACUCACAACAGUGAGAAUAAUAUCUUAUCAUCAUCAUCUACGUCCAGUGUUACGUCGAAUGUGCCGCAAACGAUUGCGCAACAGCACAAUAAUAAUCCGGCACCGGCACAGACGACGCACGUACUGCACAGUCAACAGAGUCAGAAUCACAAUAGUGAAACGGAAAUGACUACACCGAUACCGCCAUCUUCGUCGCCGCAGUCGUCGGUCAGCAGUAGAUCCUCGCCGAUGCCCGCAAACUCCUGCUCGCCAGCACCGUCCACUGCCAAUGGUCUCAUCCCUAAGCUUCCUGAUGGAAGCAUGUCCUCUUUAAAAUCCAUUGCCCAACAAGUAAUUGUCCGAGCAGGUCUCGAGAUACCACCUUCCGAGCCGAAUAGAAACAUCUUUGACAGUGCCAAGACGAGCAACAGUAGCAACAACAAUGCCACGUCGGAAGCACACAUUCCUCCGCUGCUUGGGGUCGCGCCCUUGGGGCCUGUACCAUUACAGAAGGAGCACCAGUUGCAGUUCCAAAUGAUGGAAGCCGCCUACUAUCAUAUGCCACAUCCGUCUGACUCGGAAAGAUUACGUUCAUAUUUGCCGAGAAAUACAUGCACCACGCCACCUUAUUAUCAGCAGGUUCAGCUUCCUCAUUCGGAUACUGUGGAGUUCUUCCAACGCCUUUCUACGGAAACUUUAUUCUUCAUAUUUUAUUAUAUGGAGGGGUCUAAGGGGCAGUAUUUAGCAGCAAAGGCUUUGAAGAAACAAAGUUGGAGGUUUCACACUAAGUAUAUGAUGUGGUUCCAGAGGCACGAGGAACCGAAAAUUAUUAAUGAGGAAUACGAGCAGGGAACGUACAUCUAUUUUGACUACGAAAAAUGGGGGCAGAGGAAAAAAGAAGGAUUUACUUUUGAAUACAAGUACUUAGAGGACAGAGAUCUGAACUAACAGUUCUGUCGCUCGUUGAGUCUUCGAAAUACGCCGUUUCUGUACCGGUAUUGUGUUAUCUGAACUUUAGAAGAUAAUUCUGUUCGGUAUAAAAUCGGUAGAGUCCAACAUAAGAGAAAAAAAAUCAGUUUAUAAAAAGAACAAAUUUGUGCAUAGAAAGCAAUGAAAGCAUUUCAUUAUAUUUCGAUGUUGCGAUGACAAAAUCUUUCUUAAUCCUUUUUUUUCGAUGAAGGAUAGAUCAAAUGAAAAAAAAAAGAAUGAAAAAAGAUACAAGCAGAAAGAUUGUAUGGGAAAUAAUUAUUGUAAAUGAUACCAAGGAAGCAAAGAGGGAGAUUGGAGAGACAAUUGAAGAAAGAAGCAUUGCAGAAACACAUGGAAUGAUUCAGUAUGCUGUGUGAUAACGGGAAGAAUGAAAGAAGAGAGCGUGAGAGAGAGAGAGAGAGAGAGAGAGAAAGGAUGAUAUACUUGCUGGCGACUGACUCUGUAAUACCAGUACAAACAUGCGUGCAGCCCGUCUGCUGUCUGGCGGAGGGCGCUCAUGCUAUGGUACGUCUUAAUGUUAGAUUAUAAGUAGCCUUUUUGUAUAAAGUGUAUCGAGGUAUAAAACCCUUAAAUUGAAUUAAUGUACAGAAUGUGUAGAAAUAGUGAAUAAUAAUAUUAUGGAAUAUAUUUUAUUUCUCAUUUGAAUGAAACCUAAGUUGUUUCGAUUUUUGUUGACGCACUAGCACAUCAUCUCAACCUAUGUUUGGAAAACAUUCCAUCCAUCGUGAUUAGAAUCCGCUUUUGAAAUAGGUUACUUAUAUGCGUUCUAACGAUUGAUAAGGCCGGGGCUCGUCGUCGAAGUUUGAGAUUGUACGCGUAUUGUUAACAGUAGCGUGAUAGGCUAAGCUUUUCAUGCUACAGAUUUUGCAAGAUAAAUAUUUCCUCAGAUUAUUAUACUUUAUAAGCAUUUC